UUCGUUUCCUGAUUAUUGAGAGGCAACGUUGCUUGGGAAAUAUAUUCAAACCAAACCCAAUUGCCGUUCGCCUUUCUUAGGGUUUCAUUGCCAUCUCUUCUUGCUUCCCUCCUCCGAGGCUCUCGCAAAAUUGGCCUCUGGUAAAAUGAAUACUAGCAGCUGGGAUAUCUUGAAAUGGCUUGGCGUCGACUUGUCCCUCAAGAUCUUUACCCAUUUGGAUGAUCUUUCUGACCUUGUACGCAUUUGCUUAGUCUCAAGUUCUUGGCGCCAGUUAGUUAUUGAGAAUAGCCUCAGCAAGCAGCUGUUCUUGAGAUUGUUUCCUGAUUUAUCUGGUGCUGCCCAUUUUAUUGAAGUGAAUGGCAUGAUUGAUACUUCAACAGUUGAGUCUAGCAACAUUACGAAAGGGGAAUACCUGCUGAGGUUACAUAGAAUCUAUUUGCUGCUUGCUAGAAGUCUCAACCCUGUCACUAGAAAUGAUUGUAUUGGAGUGGCCAUUGAAGCAUCCUCCACGGAUAAUAAUCCUCUAGAAAGUAUUGAAAACACGCUGGAACCGGGUGAUAGGCUAUACAAUCGAGCAUCAUAUUGGUCCAGUUUAGGUUCAAGAGAUCCUGAUGUUCCUGAGACUUUAACUUAUGGGCUGGUCUCCAACCUAUGUGCUAUUUCUGAAAUUCACAUUCAACCAUUCCUAGCAUAUUUUCAGGAUGGAUUCCCUAUAUAUUCAGCAAAGGCUGUUCGAUUUAAGAUGGGACAUCAAAAGUUGUCUGUAAACUCGAGUACAAGCGUUUCAAAUGGUUUGGCUGUUGACUAUAGUUCAGCAAGUGAUCAUUUUAUCUGGACUUAUGUCUCUCCAGAAUUUCCAAUGGCCCAAGAAAACACGCUGCAAAUAUUUAAGCUUCCCGAGCCUGCUUUCUGCGUAGGUGGGGUUCUGCAAGUUGAACUCUUAGGCAGAGUCCAGAGACAAGAAAUGGAUGGAUUAUAUUACUUAUGUGUCUCCCAUGUGGAAGUUGUUGGUCGCCCACUCUUGCCUGAAUAUGACGUGGAUAUAAUUGACCAGUCGGGAAAGUGCAUUUUGAAGUAUUUCCCGGAGUUGCCUGAGCCCUCAUCUACUAAUGGAGAGAUUGGUCGUGGUCGUUCUCGGGCUUCUAGAUUGGUUCAGAGAGGUGUCCAUGGAUGGGAGCACAUCGUCCUGAAUACAUUACUUGGUGGACGUGGCAUGUUUGAUGAUGAUGACGACAUUGACGAAGAAACUGCAGAAUGGUAAUCUUGGAGGAGCUUAUCCUUAAUGCCGAACUGAAUAAAGUGAAUUUGGUGCGCAGGAGCCAAGUAAGUUUUCUAUAUAGCCAAAGUGUUAGGGUCAAUAGUUAGAGAGUGAAUGAAUGCGCAAAUCCUUGCUGCUGGUUCAGUUAUCUUAACAUUUUUCCUUCUGAGAUUAGUGAUAUGAGGUGGUCUUGUAGAUGCCAAAACUUGUAUGUAAAUAAUUUAUAAGCUUCAAUGCGUAUAUCACAAAUUUAAGUUGUGCUAUUUUACUCUUUCUUUUAAGUCCUGAAAUCUUACAAUUCGGGUCA